AGCACCUGCCUGGGACCCUACCUACCCCUGGACCAGACCAGAUCAUACGUAGGAGGAUACUUUCUUGUCGUCACGAUCUAACCUAACCUCCCCCUUUCGCUCUCUCUAUAUCCUCUUCAUCUCUGUCCCUUUCCAUACAGAAUAGUCACAUAGCGAAGUGCAACCAGGAGAGUGCCACAUCCUAUGCAUGUCUCCUCCUGAGCAACCGCUCCACGAGUCGUCCGCGAGCCGCACCGUUACCUCCGAUCAUGACCCCGCGAUGAGCUACCCCAAGACGCCGGAAGAGGGCUUGCAAGAUAACGCCCCUCCAAUCGCUAUUACUUCACCACCCAGUUCCUCUGAGCUCGCCACUGCUGGUCCGGCCCAGACGGAAGACGAGAAUGAAACAGAUGCCGGCCGUGGAGAUGCCUCCGGGCUCAACAUGACGAGUCAAGUCUCAGAACCGAUCCAUCAAGGCCAAGAUGUCGCCGAGGACACCAUUCCCAACAAUCCCGAUCCCGCCGCUGAGGCCAUGGAAUCCUCAGUCUCUACUCUCAAGCCAUCCAGACCCCAAUUUCUAACGAUUAAUACCGCUCCUUAUAUCGACCCGACACCGCCUACACCCACCUCCCAAACGCCAUCGAGAACGAAUUCAGCCCACAGGUCUAAGGGACAAAGCUCGGCUUCUUCGCCCACACCGUCUGAUGCUGGUUAUGAUGAAACACGAUUUGCCAGUGAGGACGAGCGGGAGGGCGUUUCGCGCUCCGAGAUUCAGAGUAUUAUGGAACAAUUCCCAGAGGACGGAGGCGGACCAGGAGAGGAGGAAGUCAUGAGCCCUAGGCUCGAGAUCGCCUCACCGCAUCUGACCAGCCCUCCGUUACAGCAUCCUCCAAGGAAGUCUAGUCUCGAGCCGUUAGCCCCGAGCAUUGCACAGCAGCUUCAGGAAUUGCAGGGCUUAAGAAUCUCAAACACCUCGCCAACGAGCACACGCUCCAAGGGCAAGCUGCUCGCCCAUGAUCAAGGUCCUCCGGUGCCUCCUAAGGAUGGACAACCGGAUGAGAAGCUGAACCCUGUAGACUCGCCCGUAUCGUCCACAGCGACCCUCCAUCGGCCCCCACCCCCGGAGCCUGAGCCAGAACCGGCCUUACCCUUCGACUUUCAUCGCUUUUUAGAACAAUUAAAGCAUAAGAAAGCUGACCCAGUGGCACGAUACCUGAAGUCUUUCUUGAACGAGUUCGGGAAGCGACAAUGGAUGGUUCAUGAGCAGGUCAAGAUCAUUGGCGACUUUCUGGCUUUUAUUGCCAAUAAAAUGGCUCAGUGCGAGGUUUGGAGGGAAGUGUCGGACGCUGAAUUCGAUAAUGCUCGCGAAGGUAUGGAAAAACUAGUCAUGAAUCGACUGUAUAGCCAGACCUUUUCGCCAGCUAUUCCUGCACCACAACCUAUCCCCGGUGCAAAGCCGAAAAAACGUGGAGGAGACCCGCCGAUGGGCCCUGGUCGGAAGGGACAACAUCAAGAAGAUGUUGAGAGAGACGACAUCCUGGCGCAGAAAAUCAGUAUCUAUGGAUGGGUAAGGGAAGAACAUUUGGAUAUACCACCAGUUACUGAAAGCGGGAAGAGGUUUCUCAUCCUAGCUCAGCAAGAGCUCUUGAAGAUCAGGUCUUACAGAGCACCUCGAGAUAAGAUUAUAUGUGUGCUUAAUUGCUGCAAAGUCAUAUUUGGUCUUCUCAAGCAUAACAAAUCAGAUUCAUCAGCGGAUAGUUUUAUGCCACUCCUCAUCUAUGUUGUGCUGCGGGCCAACCCGGACCACCUAGUGUCCAACGUCCAGUAUAUUCUACGCUUUCGCAAUCAAGAAAAGUUGAGUGGCGAAGCCGGCUACUAUCUCUCAUCUUUGCUGGGUGCUGUGCAAUUCAUUGAAAAUAUGGAUCGCACUACCUUAACGAUAUCGGAUGAAGACUUUGAGCAGAAUGUAGAGGCGGCCGUCUCAGCAAUUGCUGAAAAACAUCGUGCAGAAGAAGCCUCCAAUCGACUACCGGCGAAUCUGUCUGAGAAGGGUGGGCUGUAUCCGGGAGAGUCAUCUUCAACGCGCCCAUCGUUUGAGCAAGAUGGUUCCAGAACGCCACGGCGAUCCACAUCCCGCGACGGCCCAGACUCUGGUGACGAGGCGCCAGCGAUUGCUGGGCUGUUACGCACUAUCCAAAAGCCGUUAUCAUCGAUUGGAAGGAUAUUUUCAGACGAGUCCGGUGCUGCUGGGCCAAGCACACCCGCUCACACCCCGCAGCCGAAUCCGACAUUAUCACGAUCAAGCGCGAGACCUGCUACGGGGUCAAAUCCUGACCCCGAAGUACCACCAAUGGCCGUACGCCAACAUUUAUCUGCACAGGAAGCAGCCGCCAGACAAGCAAGUGCUGAGGCGGCAGAAGCGUAUCGACUGCAAAGGGCAGAACAUAAUAACGUAGUUGAAACACUUGCAAGCAUGUUCCCAGACCUAGAUCGGGAAAUCAUUAGUGAUGUUGUCCACCAAAAGGAAGGAAGAGUCGGUCUUGCAGUUGAUGCUUGUCUAGCAUUGAGCGCUUAAUAUGCAAUAUUUUCAUCCAAGUAGCCUGGCAUCCUCACUCCGGAGGAAAGGACUGGGGUGCAAGGUAUAUACUCAUCCAAGAAGGUAAUCUAACCAGCUGGGUCCCUGAAAUAUUACUAUAUGACCGGGGCCUAACACACCGGAUUUAGAAGCGGAGGUUAAUAAUACCCCUAAUUCCCAGCCUCAUCUUAUUUCAUCUUGCUACUACUACUGAGCACUAUCCAGUCAUAUACACUUAGUAGAAGAUAAAUCUCUUCUGUGUGUGCCUAGUAUUAAGCAAACCAAGACACGAUUUCCACAAUUAGUAUACCUAGCUGAGAAACUUGCGUACUGAAAUGGCACUGCUACAAGCUGUGCUGUGCUGUGCUGUAUGGUGUUUGGUAUUUCUUACUGGGGGGUGAAUACAUUCAUGCCGGCUGAAUAGAUAUUGGUGUAAGAGACUGUAUGGCGCACUUGGGAUGUUAGAAUAGGUAGAGGUGUGGUGGCAAUUGGAUAGCAAAUAAUGUCUAAGCACUCUAUCGUCGGUGUCUAACUAUAUGCGUAUAUACUUGUAACUAUAAGGCGGACUUAAUAUCAUGAAAAGGCAGAUAAUUGCCGAAGCUGAUGAGGAAAACGACAUAAUUACUUAGAUCAACACUGGUAUAAUCGAGUAAGUGCCUGCGAAGGACGGGGAACUUAUUGCUCUAUAGAUUAAUUAAGUGUAUAGAGUAAAUAUGGCAC